AUGCCGAUCCACCGCCUCCACCACCACCCGCAAGUGGGUAUGCGAUUCGUGGCGUUACAGGUGCGCCGCCCCUCAGGACGGCCGCAGGGGAUUCUUAACAUUGGUCUGGCUCUCCUCGAUAGUUCAAGGCAGAGCAUGCCUUUGAACAGCCAAUUGGACGCGUCGGCAGUCAAUUACCGUCAUUUGAUGGGCCAGGAUGAUCCACACCAUUUGCAUCAACACGGGACUCAAAACAAUACUAGUCAAACCAGUAACAAUCAGAAUAAUGCGCAUCAGAAUCUGCUGUGGUCGUUGAUUUCUAAACCAGAACUCAGGCGGAUCAAAAGUGAUACCAGUUCCAUGAUGGCUUCCUCGCUCAUCGUUACAACACCAGCAAAAACGAUUGCGAACAAGGGGAAAGCGAGUUCCAUGGUUAGCGGAUUGAAACCCGAGUUGGAUAAGAAACAGAGGAAAAACAAGAAGGGGAAUUCGAAAUCAAGCUCCGUGAUCAAUGCCACUGAUGGAGGUAAAAAGGACAAAAUGGGUAAGCCCGAUUUAGUUGUCAAAGCCUUAGAACCAGGUCCGAACGUUAACGGUUUGAAUCCAACGCACCCAAUUCAAAAAGUUUCAAGUGGAAAACCCAUUCCAAAGUGUUACACAACCCAGUGUACACAGCACUAUAACACAAUAAUCACCAAGUCAGCAGUAGCUAUGAAACGGAAAUGGGAUAUAUAUAGAUAUAUGGCUUCAAUAUUCACUGGAUACAGCAGAUUAUAA